GUGUGUGUGUGUGUGUGUGUGUGUGUGUGUGUGUGUGUGUGGACUCCAUGGAAACCCACAUGGACCGCACCGUCCCCUCACAUUGAAUCGGGAUACAAGGAGACAGGAAGAAGAGCAGCAGGCCAGAGAUGACGUCAGACCGGCAGAUGUAUGAGAAGCCCUCUGUGCACGGCUUGUAAUGUCUGCACAUAUAAAGUAGACGCUUCUAUUGUGUCUUGGCUUCCUGAACAACCCCAGCACAGCAACCGUCUGCCUGCAAGGAAAGGCCCAUUCUCCUCAGAGUUUAUGUUUUCUGUCUCCAAGUACAGAGUGGAGCUGUCAACAAAGAUUUAACACCCCCUCCUUUGUUGUUCGAGUCCUGUCUGUUAGAGCUUCUGGAAGAGCGCUGCUUAAGGACUCCCUGUAGCCACAGUGGAAGAAGAAGGUAGAAUUACACAAGGAACUUUCUUCUGGAAGAUGUUUGUCACAGUGCUUUUUGGAGACAGCAGGCAGGAACUGUUCAAUCUCAACUGCAAGCUGAUAAACUUUAUCUAUGACUUAAAGGAACGGUGUGGCCUUGACAGGAAAGACUGUGUCGACCUGAUGGACAGGUGCGGUCAGGUGACCAGCCUGUCGGAGAAGGAGCAUAGUGCAGCCCGCGCUGCCAGUCUGCUGACAGAGAGGCACUCCUACGUCCUCUUGAGAGUGUGCCGGUGUGAGGAAAGUCAGGGUCAGAAAUAUGAGUCUCUUCUAAACAACCUGAGCAAGAGCCAUCCAGAGUUAGCAGAUAUCCUGAACAGAAUGUCAAACCCCAGCAAGGAACGUGACAAACGGGGCUCUUCACUCAGAAAGAAGGAAGCCUCUGCUGCUGCUGCUGCUGCACACUCAAAGAGCAAAAACGUAUCAGGAAACAAGAGGAACAAAUGAAACAUUGCUGUCUGUGUGUGUGUGUGUGUGUGUCAGAAUGGUGAAUACAUUCUGAAGCUUUGACCAAUUUAUAUUUCCAUAUCUGCAAAGACUAGCGUGUCUCAGCCAAUAAAUAAACACCAGAUAUUCAAGUGUUAUCAUCAUAAUGUUUUACCUUGUAUUUUUGCAAACGUUCCGUAAUAAGUCUAUUCACAUUCCUGAAUGAUUCGUAAAUUUAAUUUUAUUUAAUAUGUCUUCAUGUUCUGUGAUGGGAAAAUUCUAUGUUCACAUUCUGUUUCUCUAGCAGUCAUUUAUUGGUAUGUGCCUGUUUUUCCUGACACCCUUGGGAAGGUCUAGAAGCCAGAUCCAACUGACCGGUUACAUCCCCGGACAUAACUGACUGGACCGGUUACGUCCCCCCUUUAUGACAUCCUGAGGAGGUUUAUCAUCAGGUUAACCAAUAAUAUGGUUUUAUAUUAGGGCAGAGCUGUUCUCAGCAUCCUGACAACACUGUAUAAGACGUCUUGGAGAGCCGCUGGGCGAUCUCCCAUAUGAGGCCUCGGAUGAUUGUAUGUUAGGCCUCAGAUUAUAAUGUUUAUUAUAUGUUUAUGGUUUGGUGUAUGUUAUUGUAGUUUUAUUAUCAUUAAAAUUAGCCUAAUUGUUA